UCAAAAUAAUAAUGUAAAGCAUUUGGAGUUGUCUCAAUUAUAUAUUUCUAGUGCUCCCACCACACGGCACUGCUGUGUCAAACAUAUUCUCUCUAUUCUCAAUUAUGAAUACAAGUCUUUGACCACAUUUUGUUGUAAAUGAAAAUAUCCUUAGCUUUGUGGCCAAGGCAAUACCAAAUAGAAGCAACCGACUUUCAACCGUUAUUAUGCUGUUCUUUGACACAAGAUCCUGUUGGGAAGCAAUGAAUGUAUCCUUUUCUCUUAUAACACACAUCACAAUGCUUUCUAUUGAUUUUCCUUAUUCAGCAAUGCCCCAUUACCCCUGUUCAUCUUCUUCUAAUUUUAAUCAAGCAAAAACCAAGUCAGAAUACCCAUGGAGCUGGAAUUAGGACUCAAGAUUACACACACCAGAGAUGAUAUCACUUCAACAGCCGAUCUUCGGAUUAGCAAAGAUCCUUUUGGUCCUGUUUUCUUGUCUAGAGAAACUGACCAUAUGUUCAUCCUCAUUGCUCAUCUCAAAGGUUUUAGAAGAGAGAACAUCUUCAUUGAGAUAAAUAAAGAUGGGAAUCGGAUUGCCAUAAGGGGGGAGAAGCCUGUUCAGGAGAUGGUGAUGCUAGGGUGGAUUAUGUGCAAGAAGGAGGUUGAGAUAAAGGCUUUUCGAAAGGUCUUUUGUAUUCCUGAUGUUGUCGACUUGGAAAGAAUAAAAGCUAAGUAUAAUGAAGAAGAAUCAACUUUAAGAAUUAUCAUGAAAAAGAAAGUUAAAGGAAUCUGUGGUACUGGGAUCGAGGAAGAAGAAGAGCCUAUGAUGAUUAAAGAGGAGGUACCAAGGGAAGAGGUGGCUGAAAGGAAAGAAGUUGAAGAACUACCAAUGGAAGAGGUGGUUGAAAGGAAGGAAGUUGAAGAAGUACCAAUGGAAGAGGUGGUUGAAAGGAAGGAAGCUGAAGAAGUACCAAUGGAGGAUGUGGUUCAAAAGAAGGAAGUUGAAAAAGUACCAAUAGAAGAAGUGGCUGAAAGGAAGGAAGCUGAAGAAGUACCAAUGGAAGAGGUGGUUCAAAAGAAGGAAGUUGAAAAAGUACCAAUAGAAGAGGUGGUUCAAAGGAAGGAAGUUGAAGAAGUACUAAAGGAAGAGAUGGCUCGAAGGAAGGAAACUGAAGAGGAAGUACGGAAGGAAGAGGUGGUUCAAAGGAAAGAAGCUAAAGAAGUACUAAAGGAAGAGAUGGUCGAAAGGAAGGAAGCUGAAGAAGAAGUACAAAAAGAAGAAGUGGUUGAAAGGAAGGAAUCUGAAGAAGGACCAAAGGAAGAGGUGGUUGAAUUGCAGGAAGAAGCUGAAAAAGGACCAAGAGAAGAGGUGGUUGAAAAGAAAGAAGCUGAAAAGGUACCAAGCGUAGAGCUUGUUGAAAAGAAGAAACCUCAAGAGGUACCAAAGGUAGAGCUUGUUGAAAAAAAGAAAACUGGAGAGAUAACAAAGGUAGAAUUGGUUGAAAAGAAAGAACCUGAAAAGGUACAAAGGGCAGAGCUUGUCGAAAAGAAGAAACCUAAAGAGGUACCACGGGUAAGGCUUGUUGAAAAGAAGAAACCUGAAGAGGUAAAAAAGGUAGAAUUGGUUGAAGAGAAUGAACCUGAAGAGGUACCAAGGGUAGAGCUUGUCGAAAAGAAGAAACCUCAAGAGGUGCCAAGGGUAAAGCUUGUUGAAAAGAAGAAACCUCAAGAGGUACCAAGGAUAGAGUUUGCUGAAAAUAAACCUGAAGAGGUACCAAAGGUAGAAUUGGGUGAAGAAAAAAAACUUGAUAAGGUACCAAGGGUAGAGCUUGUUGAAAAGAAAAAACCUCAAGAGCUACCAAAGUUAGAGCUUGUUGAAAAGAAGCAACCUGAAGAGGAACCAAAGGUAGAAUUGGUUGAAAAAAAGGAACCUAAAAAGGUACCAAUGGUAGAGCUUGUUGAAAAGAAGAAACCUGAAGAGGUACCAAGGGAAGAAUUGGCUGAAAAGAAGGAACCUGAAAAGGUACCAAAGGUAGAGUUUGUUGAAAAGAAGAAACUUGAAGAGGUACCAAAGGUAGAGUUGGAUGAAAACAAGGAACCUAAAAAGAUAGCAAAGGUGGAUAUUAUUGAGAAAAAGAUUCAAACCACUGAAGAAUUUAAUCAAAGGCAAGUUGAAGCACAAGAAGAGGUUGAGAAAGAAAAUAGCAUUGAGUCAGAACCAAAAGACCCAAAGUUAGAGGAAAAGGAAGAAAUUGAAGAGAAGCUUGAGAAAGAACCAGAGACAGUGGAAAAUGCAAUUUUUGAAGAGCUUGAAAAAGUUGAAGAGAUAAUCCAAGAAGAACCUCAGAUUGAAACAGUGGAGGAAACUAAUCAGGUUUUGGACACACCACAAGGGAUCCUAGAAGAAAAAGUGGCAACUCCUACUACUCCACCAACAUUUCAAGAACCAGAAGCAAUGGAGCUUGAGUUGGUUGAACCACAAAUGAUAGAGAUGCCAUCAAUUAAAGAACCACAAGAAAAAAGACCUCCUAAUGAGAGACAAAAGGUUCCACAACUAGAAGAAGAGACAGGGGAAGAAAAAACAGAAGAUGCAGCAGGUCAAGUGACUCAACAGUUAGAAUUACCAAGUUUACCACCAAGUCAAGCUGAAGAUAGAAAAACUGCAAAUGAGGAUGAACAAGCAAAAGAUUUAACGUCUAAACAAUCAGAAGAGUUAGAAAUUGAAGUAAAUAUUCGGGAAUUGAAAAUGGAACCUGAACCUGAUGAAGAGCCAAAGGAGGCUGAAACUCCAACCAAAAAACAACUUGAAGAUGAAUCAGAUCGAGAAAAUGAAACUGAGAGCAUGGAAGGUGAAAUCGGUGAAGAAACUGAUCAAAAAGGACAUCGCAAAGAAAAUGAAGGUGCCAUAGAUAUAUCUCCGGAAAUAGAUGCUGACAAAGGUCCAAUCGAGGGAGCAGCUAUGGAGGAGAAACGGAAAAAGACCAGGCUGCGUAAACCUUUAAUGUUUGCGGGAUCAGCAUUUCUUGUCUCCCUUAUAGUGUUAGUUAUCAACUUACUUAGAGCAAGAAAAAGAUAAAAUUGAAAGUAUUGGUGGCCUUGUUUUCCAUUUUUGUACUGAUGAUAAUCUUUGAUGCUGCAUACUGAUGAAUAUACUGCACCUUCUGACUU